AUGACUGAACAAAGUCCGAGUCGUAGGUGGCCAAAAUUUCGUACAAUUUUCACUAAAAUCAGUCUUAGCAUAGCUGGAUUAUAUAUACUAGUUUCAUUGAUUUUACCAAUCAUUCUUAUUGUUCAUCCAACGAGUAUUGGUCAUAUUGUAUUUUUGAAUUUUCUUAAGCCAGGUAUUAAUUUCACUCAACCAGAAAAGUUUGGUCUUGAUCGUGUGUUCAACUUUUAUUUGAAUGUUGAACCUACAGUCCGCGUUGGCGUUUGGCAUUAUCGUUCUCCACUUGUCGAAGAUCAAUCAUAUACUACAGAUCAAGAUUAUUUUCAAAAGCAUUUUGCAUCACAACCAUCCACUAUUCCAAUAAUUAUUUAUUUUCAUGGCAAUGCUUUUGAUCGUUCAUUAUUUACUCGACGUGGAAUAUGUGAAAAACUACGUAAAGAAUUGAAAUAUGAUGUCUUUACGUUUGAUUAUCGCGGUUAUGGCGAUUCGACUGGUGAACCAACAGAAGAAGGUUUGAUCAAAGAUGCCCGUUAUGUUUACGAUUGGAUACAUAAUAUAACUAAUGGCCAAAGAAAAAUUUACAUUUGGGGUCAAUCAUUGGGUUCAGCCGUUGCUUGCCAAUUAGCAGCACGAUUAUCAGAUGAUGAAAGUAAAACUCUUGCUGGUAUUGUGAUGGAAGCACCAUUUAUAAAUAUUCAUCAAGCUUUACAAACACAUUAUCUUGCACUAUUAUUUCGUUGGCAACCAUGGUACUAUGGACUAACUGAAAAAGCUUUAGCUAAAAGUAAACUCGCAUUUCACACACGUGGUCAUUUAUCAAAUCUUAAUUGUCCAUGCGUACUUUUACAUUCCGACGAUGAUUAUACGAUACCUUAUGCACAUAGUAAACAAUUAUUGCAAGCUGGUUUAACUGCUCGUGAUCAUAAUAAAAAAGAGAAGAAAUUAUUUCAUUUUACAAUUGAUAUGGUUUCAUUCCAUAGUAAGGGUUAUGGACAUUCACUCAUUUAUCAAGAACCGAAACUAAUACCUGCAUUAAAACAUAUUAUAUUCGAUAACAAGCUAUGA